AUGGGGAUCUAUAACCUCAAUUUGCCGCGGUUGAUAUAUGCGUUGGGGGACUUCGAUUCUGGAUUUUUCCGACACCUGCAGACGCUGGAGCUCAGAAAUAUCGGUCGUUCAGAAAGAAAGGCUUCCCUAGCUAAAUUAGAGGGGUUUGAAAACUUGGAAGAACUGAGUCUUUCAUCCACCUUCACUAACCAUCAAUCGGUCUAUGGCCAUGCACCAAGACCGACUCGCAACAUCUUAGCUCCUCGGCUACGUGUUUUCCGAUGGGAUUUGACGUAUCUAGACCAACAGCACAGUGAGGGCCUAGACAAUUUUGGACAGCCGGAAGAGGAUUUGCUGCGACAGUUUGUACGAGAGGCAUUUGCCUGUGGAUGCCCAAUCCAGAGGAUUGAGAUCGAAUAUAAGCCUUCACCUUGGGAAAGUAUUGGAAAUGCAUCCUGGGUCUAUCCAUGGGACCGAAUGUAUCCAGUGAGUGCUGAUCUUGGGAUUGAGAUCCGGUAUACCCCCCCUUCGAUCAGUAGAGAAGCGUUUCAAGAACUUGUAAACUAG